CUCUCACACACACACACACACCCUUUUGACAUCCUGUAAAUUUCCUUAAAACCCUAGUUUUCUCCCUUUUCCAACAUCAAUUAUCAAUUCAAAAUCCUUUAGUUAGAUCUCUUGGUCCAAUUUCCAACUAAUUUUUCCAAUUUUUGUUAGCGGUAAUCCCAAGAAGAUGAAAAGACGAUCCAAUUCUUUGAAUUCCGUGAAAAAUCUUCAUAAUUCCCCUCAAUUCCUUCUCAAACUUUGAUGGGUUUGUGACUUUUCACAGAAAGUUUGAUUUUUUAAUUGUUUUGUGUGUGUAUAAGUUUCCUCUGCCUGUAUAUUUGCAGACAAGAAAGCUAUUUGAAUGAUACACUGCAAGUAAUUUGAAAAAAAAGAAGGUUCUAGAAUUAGGGGAGGAAGAAAUUGUGCUUAUGGCUGGUUCGAAAAUGGAGGGGUCAUCAGCUCCAGCUGUAAGGAGAGACCCAUAUGAGGUAUUGUCUGUAGCAAGGGAUUCAUCUGAUCAAGAGAUUAAAAGUGCUUACAGAAAGCUUGCACUCAAGUAUCAUCCUGACAAGAAUGCUAACAAUCCUGAAGCUUCAGAACUAUUCAAAGAGGUUGCAUAUUCCUAUGGUGUUCUAUCUGAUCCAGAAAAAAGGAGGCAAUAUGAUAUGGCAGGUUUUGAGGCUAUUGAUGCUGAAGGAACAGAUAUGGAAAUUGAUUUGUCUAAUCUUGGAACUGUCAACACAAUGUUUGCAGCAUUGUUCAGCAAGUUGGGUGUUCCCAUCAAAACGACUGUGUCUGCUAAUGUUCUUGAAGAAGCUUUGAAUGGAACCGUCACAAUCCGUCCUCUUCCAAUCGGGACAUCACUUAGUGGAAAGGUUGAAAAGCAAAGUGCCCAUUUUUUCGGUGUAACGAUUAGCAAUGAACAAGCAGAGGCAGGGCUUGUAGUUAGAGUUACUUCAGCAGCUCAAAGCAAGUUUAAGCUACUGUAUUUUGAACAAGAUGCAAAUGGAGGUUAUGGCCUGGCUUUGCAGGAAGAUAGUGAGAAAACGGGUAAGGUAACGUCAGCAGGAAUGUAUUUCCUGCACUUUCAGGUGUACAGAAUGGAUUCAACUGUAAAUGCGUUAGCAAUGGCUAAGGACCCUGAAGCUGCUUUCUUUAAGAAGCUGGAGGGCCUUCAACCUUGUGAGGUCUCAGAACUAAAAGCUGGCACUCACAUAUUCGCUGUUUAUGGAGAUAAUUUCUUUAAGCCAGCUACUUAUAUAAUUGAGGCUCUUUGUGCCAAGUCAUAUGAGGAUACUACUGUUAAGCUCAAGGAAAUCGAGGCUCAGAUUUUGAGGAAGAGAAAUGAGCUUCGGCAGUUUGAAAUCGAAUAUAGAAAGGCAUUGGCACACUUCCAGGAAGUAACCAACAGAUACAGCCAAGAGAAGCUGUCUGUCGAUGAGAUGCUGAAACAAAGAGACAGCAUCCACUCUUCAUUCACAGUUUCAAGGUCAAUUGCUAAUCUAAGCGGCAGUGGAAGCGGGCAUUUCAGUAAUGGAAGUAGCAGUAAAGUCCUUGGCGAAGAUUAUAAAACUGAUAGUCCAGGGGAAGAUGGAAGCUCAGACUCCAAAGACAAGUCAUCAAAGAAAAGAUGGUUCAACCUUAACCUUAAAGGAUCAGAUAAAAAGAACUGAAAAGUCGACAACUAUCUAUGUUCUAUACUUGAUCCCAAAUCAAACGCCAAGGGGGCAGGUAUUGCGCUGCCGGAACAAGUCCCUUCAUAUAUUCUUUGUUCUAUUUGUUAGUUUGUGCUUUUCCCAGAUGCAUUUUGUCUUUAGGGAAGUGAUGUUUGGAAUAUAUAUAGGUGGUGUUUUUGGUGUUUGUAUGCAUGAUUCUUGUGAUGUACCAUAAAACUAGGCUGAUCUUCAGCUGUCAAUCCAUAUAAGAUUAUAGAAUUAAGAAGGUGUUGUAAUUUUAGUCUAUGGACAUGUUCUUUUUUUGGUUGGCAUUGUGAAGUUGUAAUAUUUCAAUGGUG